AUAUUAUUGUUCUAUUUAUUUAUACAUUAAUACAUUGCAUAUUUUUAAAGGAUCAUGCUCUGAAUCGCGAGUAAGAAAGUUACGGUCGGUAAUAUACCGAUAGAGUAUCAAAAAAGAUUUUGCUAUUCAACCGAUAGAGUGCCAGUAAUCAUUGUUUAAGAAAAUGUCAUAACUCAUUGGAUUAAUCAUUCGAUUAGAAAUUGAUAUAAAACCGUACGAUUUAUAACCACUGAUUGUAUUUAAAUGGUGUCAUUAUUGAUUACCAAAUAAAAUUUAUCAACGUUUAUAUAUAUAUAUAUAUGACAAUGAUUAAAUAAAAAGACGAUUUAAUUAAAAGUACAAAUAUGACAUUACCUGGUAUUGGAGUGUUUGGCACAGGGAAUAUUGUCAGAGUAAUUAUUCCCUUUUUAAGAGUGAAGGGAUUUGAAAUUAAAGCUAUAUGGGGUAGAACGUUAUCCGAAGUAUCGGAAGCAGCAGCUGAUCUUGAGAUACCAUUUCAUACAAGUCGUAUAGAUGACGUGCUUCUGAGGAAAGAUGUUGAUUUAAUAUUUAUUAUGUGUUCACCAAGUUUACAUGCACAGAUUGCAGUCAAAGCUUUGGGUAUAGGAAAGCAUGUGGUUUGUGACAAACCUGCUGGCUUAAGUCAAAGUGAAGCAUUAAAAAUGGUUAGAGCUGCUCAAUAUUAUCCAUCAUUAAUCAGCAUAGUCAAUCACAGUUUGAGAUUUCUACCAGCAUUUGUUUACAUGAAGAAAGCUUUGGAAGAUGAUUAUUUAGGAGGUCCUAUAACAAUCAUUGAAAUUAGAGUACAUAUGGGAAGUUUAUUACAUAAUGAUUAUGAUUGGUUAUGCGAUGAUACAAUGGGUGGUGGAAUUUUGGCAUUAGUAGGUAGCCAUGUAAUAGAUCUAAUAUUCCAUUUGAUUGGUCAACGAGCUAUAAGAGUACAUGCUGUUGUUAGAACGUUUACUCAAACUACAAAAUAUAUCAAUGGCAUACGUCAUAUAACAUCACCUGAUUUUUGUACUUUUCAAAUUGAACUGAGUGGAGGAGCAUUAGUUACGGCUACAUUAAGUAAUCACUUACAAGGGCAGCUUUCUCAAGAAGUAUUGAUAUGUGGCGGUAAUAAUCAUCUUCUUGUUACCAAUGGAGAUUUAUAUGGAUUUAAAGGAGGACAAGAAGAAAUUCUUUAUCGAGAUACUGAUGAUUUAGAAAUACCACAACCUGUCUCUGAUUCUAUUCCACGUCCUUACAUUAAAGGAUUACGAAAUAUGAUUUCUGCGUUAAGAGAAGCAUUUCAAUCGGUUGAAGAUAAAAGAGGUUGGGUAAAAGAACCUGUAUUUUGUGCAGCUACAUUUGAAGAUGGCUUAUAUGUACAAGCAGUUAUUGAUGCAUUACGUCAAAGUAACAAACGUAGAGAAUGGACUAAAGUUAACAUCUUAACAGAAGAGCCUGAUCCAAACCCAUUGCUCAGUGCUGCUGUUAGAGCUACAGCUAUAUCAAUAUAAAUAAUAAAGUGUACAUGAUAUUUUUAUCAGCGCGAGUACACACAUGAAGAAAGUGAAAUUUCUUACACUUAUUUAACGCUAUUUAUAUUAAAAAAAAAAAGAUAAUAUGAGUAUACACAACUUUUAUUCUUUUUAUACUAUAUGCUAAACAUGAAAUAUUUAAUGCAAAUGUUGAAUAGAUCAAUCAUCGUGUAAGAAGUUUCAUUUUAAAAAUUAAUUUUAUGAAGAUGAAUCAAAAAUUAAUAUAUUCUCUCUUUCUCUCUCUAAUCACAUUCAAUUUUAUUAACAACUUUUAAAUAUUUCACGCAUAUAUCAUCAACACAAAAUACUUUCAUAUGUAUAUAGGCAGCUCAAAUGUUUCUCUACAUUGACAAUGAGAUACACAAUAUUAUCUUAUAUUUAAUAUUAGAUUUAAUAUCUUUUAGAAAAUACAUAAUUAUUUGCUUUAGAUUCUAUUAUUCAAAUGAAGGUUGUUUAAUUUAUGUUGUUUUUAACUUAAUUUAACAUUUUAUAUAUAUUAUAUUAUAUUCGUGCAUAACUA